AUGCUUCAGGACGAAAUCGCCCCCCUGGUCGUUGAUAACGGCAGUGGAAUGUGCAGAGCUGGCUUUGCAGGAGACCAUUCUCCCCGAGCUGUGUUCCCCUCCAUCUUGGGCAGGACCAUACAUCAGGGAGUGAGAGACGGGGUUGGACGAGACGCGUAUGUCGGAGACAAUGCCCAAAUGAUGAGGCAUAAGCUGAGGCUGAAGUACCCCAUCGAGCAUGGCAUCAUCACCAACUGGGACGACAUGGAGAUGAUCUGGUGCCACACCUUCUACGACAACCUCCGCGUGGACCCCGCGGAGCACCCGGUCCUGCUCACUGAGGCCCCCCUGAACCCCAAGGCCAACAGGGAGAAGAUGACACAGAUCAUGUUCGAGACCUUCAAUUUCUGCGCCAUGGCAGUGUCCUUCCCAGCUCCUCUUGCUCUCAUGGCCUCUGCUCGAACCACUGGUCUUGUUGUGGACUGUGGCGCUGGGGUAACCAGCAUCAUGCCCAUCGAUGACGGUCAGGCCAUGGUCCACGGCAUGCAGCGGAUGGAUCUGGCCGGACGCGACCUGACAGACUACUUGACGAAUAUCAUGACGGAGCGUGGGUACAGUUUCACCACUUCUGCUGAGAUGCAAAUCGUGCGUGACAUCAAGGAGCGACUGUGCUAUGUGGCGCACGACUUUGAGGAGGAGAUGGGCACCGCUGCCUUCUCCUCUUCGCUGGAGAGGUCCUACGAGCUGCCAGACGGACAGGUCAUCACCAUCGGUAACGAGAGGUUCCGCUGCCCAGAGGCCCUCUUCCAGCCAUCCUUCCUUGGUUUGGAGUCGUGUGGUAUUCAUGAGAUGACCUUCAACUCCAUCUUGAAGUGUGGUGUGGAUUUUCGAAGAGACCUCUAUGCCAACAUCGUGGUAUCUGGUGGUGUAACCAUGAGCCCCAGAUUCACAGAACGCAUGCAGAAGGAGAUCACCUGCUUGGCACCAGCAAAUGUCAAUGUCAAGGUCAUCGCCCCACCAGAGCGCGCUUAUUCUGUGUGGAUUGGAGGCUCAAUUUUAGCCUCUUUGUCCCGGUUCCCUAAAAUGCUGAUCAGCAAGCAGGAGUAUGAAGAGAGCGGCCCGUCAGUAGUGUGGCGCAAAGGUUUUUAA